CUGUAAUCAGAGCGACUUCUUUAAAAGUAAAGCAGCUGAAGAUGCCAGGCAAUGGGCCAAGGAUAAGGGCACGUGCAGCAGUUGCUCAUGGCCUGAAGGCUGACCUGGACAACAAACUCUUUGGACAGCACAUCGCUUCAGACAUCAUCUUUAAAGCUGUGAGUGGAUUCAUGAACAAUGACAACCCGACGAAGCCUCUGGUGCUCUCCCUGCAUGGACCGACUGGCACAGGGAAGAGCUUUGUUAUCCAGCUGAUUGCCAAAAACAUUUAUGAAAAGGGAAAGUCCAGCCAGUCUGUUCAUGUGUUCUCAGCCACACAUCACUUCCCACAUCCAAGUGAAACUUUAACCUAUAAAUCUCAGUUACAGGAGUGGAUCAAAAGCAAUGUCUCAAGCUGUGAACGCUCCAUGUUCAUUUUUAAUAACAUAGACAAAAUGCCUCCUAGUUUGAUUGACAGCAUUAAGCCGUAUUUGAACCACCAUGUUCAGUUGGAUGGAGUUUCUUUUCAGAAAUCAAUCUUCAUCUUUCUCAGCAGCCCUGCCAAGACUGGAGAUGGAACAAUACUGGAGAACACAUGGGAGAAGGAUGCAACACCAGGGAGUGGUCCCAUCCAACAGCUGGCCAAUAACCUGCCUCAGCACAACAUGGAAGCUCCUGUCGGGCAUCAUAGUGGCUAA